UUCGGGUGUUUUGGUGGUGGUGGUCGAAACAAGAAAUUAGGAAUUAGCUGGGCAAGAAAUCAAAAUUCUAGUGAAAGAAAGAUCUCGGUUCGUCGGUGUCCGUGGUUCACAAUCUACGUGGUUCCUUCCGUGUGCAAUCUGUGGCUGAAGUUAGUCGAUUAAAAUAAUAUCUUAGAAUCUGCCCCGUGUUGCUGUGUCCCCGGAUGUAGGGCAUAAAAUGUUCCCGAAAUUGCGCACAAAGAUCACGCAAACGAUGCGCUGCUGUUGGUGUGCGAAAUUGCUCGUUGAUUCGCGAUCGUGACUCAUCACGCGUGGGCUGCCGAGUGUUCGUUUCCUGAAAAUCGAGCGAAUCGUAACGUGUGUGCGUGUUUUGCUGUUCAAACCGGAAGAAAGUGAUAAACAAGUGUAAUGUUCCAUAUCUACUUCGUAGUUAAUGCGUGGCACAACCGAAAUUAGGGAUUAGAAACCAUAAGUUAAUUUAAAUCAUCGCCGCCGGCUCCCGUAGUGAUCUCCAUAGUCGCGUCAGAAAGCAAAAAAAAUGUUGCAACAUCCGUCGAGUGAUUACUACGAGCUAUCGGUCAGCGCCAAACAGACGCCCCCAACGUUCAGCCCGCAGGGUGGCAGUCUGAUAGUGGGGGGCGGUGGUGGUGCCACCGGAGGAUCGUUGGUGAUCAACAGCGGCAACAGCACCAGCAACAACAACAACAACAGUAACAGUGUAAAUAACAACAACGCGGUCGCCGGGGCCGCGGACGCCGAUCUGGACCUGAUCGCCGGCAGCGCCGGGAACAUCAGUGCCGCGGAUCGCGAAUCGCUGCCCAGCUUCGGCUUCACCCAGGAGCAGGUGGCGUGUGUGUGUGAGGUCCUCCAGCAGGCUGGCAACGUGGAGCGGUUAGGACGCUUUCUCUGGUCCCUGCCGCAGUGUGAUAAACUUCAACUGCACGAGUCCGUGCUGAAGGCGAAGGCCGUGGUCGCCUUCCAUCGCGGGAACUUCAAGGAGCUGUACCGGCUGCUGGAGCACCACCAGUACUCGCCACACAACCACGCCAAGCUACAGAACCUGUGGCUCAAAGCACACUACGUGGAAGCGGAAAAGCUCCGCGGUCGGCCACUGGGAGCGGUCGGGAAGUACCGGGUGAGGCGCAAAUUCCCUCUGCCGCGCACCAUCUGGGACGGAGAGGAGACGAGCUACUGUUUUAAGGAAAAAUCGAGAUCGGUCCUGCGCGAUUGGUACACCCAUAAUCCGUAUCCGUCGCCGAGGGAAAAACGGGAGCUGGCCGAAGCGACCGGAUUAACGACGACGCAGGUUUCGAAUUGGUUCAAGAACCGACGGCAGCGGGACCGGGCAGCUGAGCACAAGGACACCGGCGAAUCGGAUAAGCAGCACCUGGACUCGUCGAGUGACUCGGACAUGGACGGGCCCAGUCUGGCAUCGCUGGCCGCCGGAAACGGUUCGGGCGGUGGUGGUGGCUCCCUUCACGGCACGUCCGGUGGCGGCGUGCUGCAUUUGGGGAGUAGCGGCGGAACCCUAACCUCAACCGGAGCGGGAUCUCAGACGGCGCCGCUCGGCCACGGUCUUGGCGGUGGGGGAAUCCCGGGACUCGGGCCGACGGGCGGAGCGGGUGGUGGGUCACUCGAUCCUCACAACGCACACCAUGCGUCGCAACACCAUGCGCAUCAAAAUGCCGGCCAAACGACGGCCCAGACUGGUCCCGGAAGUGGCGGCGGCGGCGGCGGAGGAUCGGGAGCUCAACAGCAUUCGCACGCACAACAGCACCACAAUAACCACCACCACCAGCACCAUCAUCCCCACCACCACCCGCACCACUCGCAGCACCAGGCGCAGCACCCCGCGCACCCGCAAUCCCACCACCACCAGCCGCAGCCGCUCGGGACGCGGAACGGCAAUCUGAUGAACAUUGCGCCGUCGGGAGGCAACAAGUCGGCGGCCGCCAUCGGCCAGCUGUCGGCCGCGGCCGCGUACUCGCACUUCCACAACGUGAUGGGCUCGAUGCCGCUCUACGACAUUGGCGACUAUCAGCAUUUAUGAUUUUAAGUGAUCUUCCUGUCCACUCGGAGAAGGACGCAGCAUGGCGGGCAUUGGCACAAACGAAAGCGAGAGAGAGAGAGAGCGAGGGAAAGGAUGGCGUAUUAGCAAAAACACAAAAGCAACAAGUAUCGGCAAUUAUUCAAAACACGAUUUUAUUAGUUUAAAAUGUUACAGCGGAUUUCGUAACCCAAUUACGACGACUGUCCUUGGCCCUCGGCGUGGAAGGCGUGAAAGUAUUCUUUUUUGUCACCUCUGUGUAAUCAAUUUACGAAUAGAAU